CUGUUGUCACUUACGUUAUAAUAGCUACAAACAGCCGUUUCCUCAUCAGCCACCUACUUCUCUCUCUCUGUCUUGAUGUUACUAAGACAAAAAACAUACUGACUGUUACAAAGCACUAACACUGGAGACUGAUCUAUAACUCGAUUGUAUUUUCAUUCCUACUCAACCUGCGUAGAGUGGGAAAAGCACACUCUUUCUGGCUUGACAUAUUUAACUUCCUAUUUACUUAAUAAAACAUAGGAUAUGGCUGGGGGCUGAUGCUUAGGGGCGGGAACAUAACACUUGUAACCAACCAGUAUAAAAACCCUGGCCACUGUUGGUGAGGUCAGAUUUGUGCAUUUUUUUUUCCAAUCUAAACUUUAAUAUUUUUAUUUUCCACAUUCAUCUUUUGGACAAACUUCAAACUAUAAAAGAGCCAUUUCAUAUUAUUUAUUUUUUUUUUGAGUCAUUCUUUGGAUUUAUAAGGAAGAUAUCAAGACCUUUGAACUGGAGCAAUAACUUAAGGGCACAAAAUGGAUGACAGUAUGCAAUAUGACUAUGUGGACAACAUUAGUGAGGGAAUGUGUAACAAGGAAGACGUGGCCAAAAUCGGAUCCAUCGUCGUGCCGUUAUUCCUCAGUGUCGUGGUCUUGCUCAGUCUCGUCGGGAACAUUUUAGUUCUUGUGAUUCUCGCUCUAUAUGAGAAUCUGAAAUCGUUGACCAACAUCUUCAUACUGAACUUGGCUCUGUCGGACCUGCUGUUCACUUUCGGUCUGCCGUUCUGGGCGUGUUACUACAUCUGGGGCUGGACUCUCGGAGACGCGGCGUGCAAAACGGUCAACUUUUUCUUCUACGCUGGAUUUUACAGCAGCAUCGUGUUCCUGGUGCUGAUGACCGUUCAGCGCUACAUGGCCGUGGUGCACCCUCUCUCAGACUGGGAAAGAGGACAGGGCUUCGCUCUAAUCCCCAUCGUCGCUUGGGUGAUGAGCAUCGCAGUGGCAUUGCCAGCCCCAAUCUACAGCUCUGUAAUUCCUGAUCCAGCAAACACUACACAACUCUACUGUGAGUAUAAUUCCACUGAGGGAUAUUUUACCGUCACGUACGAACAGAACUGUUUUUUUGUGUGCGCCUUUUUGAUCAUGGGGUUUUGCUACGUAAGAAUCCUGCAGACCGUCUUCAAGACGAGGACGAAAAAGAGACACCGUACUAUCAGACUCAUCUUCUGCAUCGUAGUCACGUUCUUUCUCGGUUGGGCUCCUUAUAACCUGGUGAUUUUUCUGCACACCUUUACUCAUCAUCAGAUCGAGUUUUUCACCAUCUGUGAGGUCACGCAUCAUCUCGACUACGCCGAGUACGUCAGCAAGCUGCUGGCGUUUUCACACUGCUGCCUUAAUCCCGUGUUUUACGUUUUCGUCGGCGUGAAAUUCAGGAAUCAUCUAAAGGAGAUUCUGCAGAAGAUUCUUCAGACACCUCCGAACAAGGACAUGCAACAAACACGAACUGGCACCAUUCAGUCUCACGGCUCCUUGUGCUCAAACGGCAACAACUGCAGAGGCCAUUCCACUACCGUCUGAGUCGGUGUAAAUAUACGCACGAAUAAUGUCAAUGAUUUAUCUAAUGCUUAAAUAUGUGGAGGCUGAAGCUUUUUUUUUUUUUUUUUUUUUUUUUUUAAAAUACAAAGGAUGUAAAGAUGUAUGUAAAGAUGUAGCAUAUACAGUACUUAAAAAAAUAUUAAAAGUGGAUGUCUGGAGUUUUUUUCCUUAGCUUAAAGCAAAUUUGAGAUUUCAUUUUGAUCCAGAAUACCCAUGAACUGCUUUUGAGACAACCUAAGUACAUUGGUGCCUUAUAUAAAAACCCCACAAUCGCUUUUAAAAAGGUGUUCUAAUGUCAGCUAGAGGGAAAUCAUAAACAUGCAUGACUGGGUGUUAAAGGCAUCUGAUAUAGUUUUGAGUGUACAUUUCCAUUGUGCGUAUCUAAGUGACCGUGUUGUUAUUAGAGAACUCAAGACUUCCCCUUUGAUCAGCAAAUAAAUAGACAUAGAUCCGAUUCAGAAGCGAUUCAAUUCACAGACAUAGAUCCGAUUCAGAAGCGAUUCAAUUAAUAGACAUAGAUCUGAUUCAGAAGCGAUUCAAUUAAUAGACAGAUCAGAUUCAGAAGAGAUUCAAUUCACAGACAUAGAUCUGAUUCAGAAGCGAUUCAAUUAAUAGACAUAGAUCCGAUGCAGAAGCGAUUAAAUUAAUAGACAUAGAUCCGAUGCAGACGCGAUUCAAACUCAAGCGAUUCAAACUGCAUCCUACAUGAAUCUUCAUGAAAUCAAAUUGCUUAGAACUAAACUUAAGCAAAUGUUUUUAGCUGAAUGGUGAUUAGCUGAGCACUCUUUACUAAAGCACAUCCCCCUGUCUGAUGAAAGGUUAAACCACAUGAUAACACAUUUGUUGAUGUCUUCAUUGGUCAUUUGGAAGGUAACUGGGUUCUUUCUUACUAUACUUUGGAUAUAUGCAUUAUAUUUGAACGAAAGAGAGAAACUGUACUCUCAAUUUGUGCACAAAAUGACAUGUAGGUGUCCGAUGUCAGUUUUAAAUGUUAAUGUUAUGUUCUUUGUUAUUGUUUUGUAUAUAUUUUAGUUUGUUUAGAUGUGUCAUUUCUAAAGCGCUUUGGGUGACGUCAGCCGAGUCGAUUUUUCCUCUAUAAAUAAAUCUGACAUGGUUACUUUGUCCUGAUUUCUUCCUUUCCUUCUGGCUGCCAUUGUUCAACACAACACGUCAAACCGCAGCAAAUCAGAUAACAGGAAACCUGUGAGAAACCACACAGCAGGUGAGAAGGCAGUGAUGAUAACUUUCGUCUUUUGUUAAACUGCCAUGGGUGACUGGAUUUGAAAGAAGGGGAAUUUUAUCUGCAAACCCACUGGAUGGACUGGUGACUGGAGCGAAUGCUCAAGAAUGCACAAAUUAAAAGAUUUUUCAUAUUUAGGCUUCUGAUGGCGAUGUAACACCAAGUGAAAAUACUUUUCUCUAAACUGUAGUUAGCAUUGCAUCAUAUCAUGAGUCAGAAAUAAAUAAGUCAGAAAGCAUACAAUGGCUACCAGGCCCAUCUACAAGGAGUGUUCCUUACCGGCAUGACAAGUUUAAACAACAUGAGUAAUUCAUCUCUGAACACUUUCCAGUCGGUCCUAAAAUGGGUGGGUUCCUCUUGGCAUUAUGGCAUGGGUUAUCCAGGUGAUUCUUACCACCUCUGGUGGUUAGG